AUGGCCACCGUCGCCAUCUUCCGGUCGCCGCGCACCGCCGCGAAGCUGCCGCAAUGGCAAUGCGCCCGCCCCCUCGCCGCCUUCGCCCUGCGCCGCUCCUUCUCCUCCUACCUCGUCACCCCCAAGGAGCUCGACGAGGCCCUCAAGAAGAACCCGCCCUCCAAGAUUAGCCCGGAGCCCCGCGUUAUUCCCCUCUGCGCCUCCUGGUUCCUGCCCAACGACGGCCGCACCGGCAUCGAGGUCUUCCGCCAGCAGCGCAUCCCCAAGGCACGCUUCUUUGACCUCGACAAGGUCAUCGACCGCCGCAGCCCCUACCCUCACAUGCUGCCCUCCGCAAAGGACUUCGCCGCCGCCAUGAGCGAGCUCGGCAUCCGCAAGGAGGACACCGUCGUCGUCUACGACAGCAAGGAGCUCGGCAUCUUCAGCGCCCCGCGCGUCGGCUGGACCCUCAAGAUCUUUGGCCACCCCAAGGUCCACCUCCUCAACAACUUCAAGCUGUGGGUUGACCAGGAGCUGCCCACCGAGUCCGGCGAGCUGUACAGCGUCGAGUGCUGUCCCUACCCGAUCCCCAAGCUGGACGAGAGCAAGGUUGCCGAGUUCGAGGAGGUGCGUGAGAUUGCGCUGGACCACAACAAGGAGGGCGCCGAGGGCGUGCAGGUUAUCGAUGCGCGGUCGCCGGGACGUUUCACCGGAAAGGACCCCGAGCCGCGAGAGGGACUGUCGUCAGGCCACAUGCCCGGCUCGAUCAACAUCCCCUUCAACGCCGUUCUCGACCCCGAGACCAAGGCCUUCUACCCGGCCGAGAAGCUGAAGCAGAUCUUCAAGGAGAAGGGCGUCAACCCUGAGAAGCCCAUCGUCUCGAGCUGCGGCACCGGCGUGACUGCCUGUGUCAUUGAGACUGCUAUGGAGGAGGCCGGAUGGGGUUCCCCUGAGAAGCGCAGAGUAUACGACGGAAGCUGGACCGAAUGGGCGCAACGGGUCAAGCCCUCCGACUCUCUCAUCCGGAAGGACGAGUAA